GGAGCCGUGAGGGGACCCCGGCCGGCCCUGCCCGCCCCGCCCGCGCCGCCGCCAUCGCGGCCCGACCGCCCGCUGCCCGCGUCCCUCCCUCCGCCCGCCGGCAGGAGGGGCCGCCCGGGGCCUGGCGGGCACGGAGAGAUGAGCAACAACAGUAACAAGAGAGCACCAACCACAGCAACCCAGAGGCUUAAACAAGACUACCUGAGAAUUAAGAAAGAUCCAGUGCCUUACAUCUGUGCAGAGCCCCUCCCAUCCAAUAUCCUGGAAUGGCACUAUGUUGUGAGGGGACCUGAAAUGACACCUUAUGAAGGUGGCUAUUAUCAUGGGAAACUAAUAUUCCCCAGAGAAUUCCCUUUUAAACCUCCUAGUAUUUAUAUGAUUACACCUAAUGGAAGGUUUAAGUGUAACACAAGGUUGUGUCUUUCCAUCACUGAUUUCCACCCGGACACGUGGAAUCCAGCUUGGUCAGUCUCCACAAUCCUGACGGGCCUCCUUAGUUUUAUGGUGGAAAAAGGCCCCACACUGGGCAGCAUAGAGACAUCUGAGUUCACAAAAAGACAACUCGCUGCACAAAGCUUAGCAUUUAAUUUAAAAGAUAAAGUCUUCUGUGAGCUCUUCCCUGAAGUGGUGGAGGAGAUCAAACAAAAACAGAAAGCACAAGAAGAGCUCAACAACAGACCUCCCUCCCUGCCUCUGCCCGACGUGGUGCCCGACGGGGACGCGCACUACGGUCAGAACGGGCUCCCCCUCCUCAACGGGCACGUGCCCCUGGCCCCUGCCAACCACCCCGGGCUCCAGCAGCCCAACCGCAACCAUGGACUCUUGGGCGGAGCUCUGGCGAACUUGUUUGUCAUCGUGGGCUUCGCAGCCUUUGCCUACACAGUGAAGUAUGUCCUGAGGAGCAUAGCCCAAGAGUGAGGAGGAGAGCAAAUAAAAAAACACCCCCAAGACCAAAUUCUAGCGGUAGUUUUGCA